CCUCGGUUGGACUGGGGUUAUCGUGAUGAUGCUCUUGCUAGAUAGAGUGUUCGAGAUAGGUCACACAGUGGAUGAUUUGGUGAACAAGACAAUAGAAUACCUUCAGCCCAAUCCAGUCUCCAGAGCCAUGAGCAAAGUCCGUGCCAUGAGUAAAGUCCGUGGUCAGAACAAGGGAGGAACCAAGCCUCAACAACCCGUAGGAUUCCUGGGAGAAGUCAUGCUGAAGAACGGCAGAGAAUUAGGAGAAGAUUCGACGUUUGCUACGGCGAUGGUCGAGAUAAGAGAAUCACUGAGGCAACUUUCUGAAGUCAAGGGCGCCUUCGAUUUGAACGUCAGACAGAACUUCCUGGAUCCCCUGGAUCAUCUCAAGAACAAAGAUCUGAAGGAGAUCAACCACCAUCGGAAGAAGUUACAGGGGCGACGUCUAGACUUUGACUACAAAAAGAAAAAGCAAGCAAAAGGAAGCACAAUUCCUGAAGAAGAAAUCCAAUUUGCAGAAGAGAAGUUUCACGAAUCUCAGGAGCUUGCUGAGAACGGGAUGAGGAACCUCCUUGAGAGUGAUGUUGAGCAGGUGUUACAGCUUCAAGCGUUAGCCGAGGCUCAGCUAGAAUACCACAAACAGUCUGCAGAGGUCUUGGAAAGCCUUCUCUCAACACUCAAUGAAAGGGUUGAGGAGGCAGGCAGUCGACCCAAAUCAGAACGCAAACCCAGAAGUACUUUCAACUCUUACUCCACGAAGAGAGACUCCAGUGACGGAGACGACACCGACGCGUACCCGUCAACGGUGGAUUACAACGCACCAGUACCUGUAACGGCAACGAAGGAACGCUGCAAGGCACUGUACGACUUUGAGGCAGAAAACGAGGGCGAACUGGGGUUUCAGGAGGGCGACAUCAUCAGCAUCGUCAGUAAGAUCGACGAGAAUUGGAUCGAUGGAGAGUUAAACGGUCACACGGGAUACUUCCCAGCUAACUACGUGGAAAUUAUCUAACCGGUUUAAUCAUGGUAGGUGGUAGCGUUACUUAUAGUGUUGCAGUUUGUACUUUGUCAUCGUGUGGUUGAGUAUGAGCGUGAGUUCUUCGCGAUGAGUACACGUACAAGUACUUUGUCAUCCUGAGUUUGAGUACGAGUACGUUGCCAUGGGCACAAGGACACAUUGAAGUACUUCGUCAUCAUGAAUUCAAAUACAAAUACGAGUACUUUGCCUUGAGUACUAGUACGAGUACGCAUAUUCUGGCAUGACAAGUAUGAGUAUGAGUACUUUGUCUGAGUAUGAGUCAUUUCUAUCAGUAUGAGUACUACAAUACUGGUUACUCACAGUGGAACUCUGUGUACAGUGAACAGAUACAUUGAAUAGCGCCCUCUGGAGAGUGGUCCUAUGUAUAUCAGCAUAAUGUCAAUUGUGUACUUUUUUUUUUUUUUUUUUAAAUUCCAUCAUAUUAAGCUAUUAGUCAGGUGGCUUAGUGAAAUUACCGUUACUCGGCGGAUAAAAGCACCAUAUUUGGCACAAGGGUCCCUUGCGGCUUAUUAAUUAAUGUUAGCCUAGGAGCCCUCCGGAAUUUAAAAAAAAAAUCAUGUAAAACACAUAAUUUCAAAAUGGCCGACAUCCAUGACAAAAUAUCGCUUUUCUCGAGUCCUGGGAGUCAUAAAAGGGUGGUUGCCAAAUUUCUGACUUUUAGGCAGUUGAAGGUCACUUUGGACAUUGUAAUAGUACCAGUAUAUUUUAAAUUUUUUAUUAAUAUCAAUAUCAACAGGACAAUUUUCAAUAAACGUCCACCUUCAUCUGGUUGGAAGGGAAAUGUUAUCACCCCCCCCCCCAAAAAAGUGAAUAAUCGCGAAUCAUGCAUUUCAGUAACUAGACAACACUCUUUUUUGAAGCAACUAACACCACUGCUUUAUUUGUAGGCCACCAAGUAGUUUUCAAUUUUCAUUACUACAUGCAUCUCACAUCACAGAGACAAGGCCAUUGCAGGCAUUUGAGUUGAAAUGCAAUGUAAACAAAAUUCUUACAGUUACUUACAAUGUAUGUGGCAUUGUUCUGUAAUGUCUAACACACACUUUACAAUGUUACAACUUGCAAAGUGGUGAGCAAUCCAGAUUUGCUUUGCCGCAUUUGCUGCAAAACCAGUCUCCUUUGCAGGAGCGUAUUUGAUAAGCUCUCUGCACGAUCUGGAAAUUUCUGAAAUUUUCAUCUUUACUGGUACCCAUGACUGAUAUCUUGGGCCAGGCAAACUCCUGCGGAGAUGGAACCAAUAGCUGUGUUUGUGAGCUAUUCGUCCAGAUUCCUGAUUGACACACUGCCCGUCUGACAUGCUGGAGUACCCCAUCCUUGGUGGAUGGCAGUUUGUUCAUUGCUCGAUUCUUAUGGCAGAAGAGUUCCCCUCUUAUCCCAUUGACAGAGCUCAGGGGACAUGGUUUUAUCAAAUAGGAUUACAGUCAGUCUCUCGAUCCUUAGAAAAUGGUCAUCGUUGAGAUCCAGCAUCUGGAAAGGAUGACCAGCCAGAUACAUGUCUCUGUUACGUCUUCAUUGUCCUGCCACUGAGGCCUGCCCAACCGACCUCUUACACCCUUGAAAUUAAAAGCAAAGGUAGUGUCGCAACCUGAAAAUGCGUGGAACACAGGUAAUGCUCAUGAUUGAGGCUCCCCCAGGUUUGCGCAGAUGGCCUUGAUGUGGUAAAACUUGUAUUUUUACCCAUGCCAAAGACCACCAAGAUGUCGGCCAAAGGUUGAGUCGCAAUCAGACUUGGAAUGUGCCAACAAGGAUGACUACAACAUCUGUGUCCCUAGUACGCACAUAGUCUUUCACCCCUGUUUCAGUGCAUGUACCACAUGAACCACAACACAGGUGUCAUCAUGAUUACAGUUUUGCAUGGGGGAUGCUGCCACCAAUGGAUGCCACAGCUUGUUCUGAUGUGACAUGUACAGCUUUGGCUGAUGGCCAGUUCAACUCUUCAACCUUGGAAGUCAAAAAGCAAACAGCUCCUUCUAGUUGGUUGGGUCACGGAGGAAGUCCAUCCAAUUGCCUAGCACUGAGUUUGGUCUCACCCGACACUUUCCUGCGUACACCCUUACAUCUUUUCCCCGGAUUGACUCCUUUAAACUGUCUGGGAUGUAUGUGUCCCACACAACAUCCAACCUCGCGGCAUCCUGCAGCUGCCUCCCCAGGUAAGGGACGAAGACCCUGUCUGUAAAUAAGAACGCUGUCUCUUUGUUUUGGUCACUUCAACAAUGAACACGGUCUGCAAAUAGACAAACAGAAAUGUAAUAUGAUUAAGAAAGGUUGGUAAUCCUCUAUCUCCCCCCAAGUCUUUGGCACAAAAUGUUCCUAUGUGUCCUUUGGUGUGACAAAGACUGAGAACAUGAAUAAAGAACAUUAUUAACGGUUAAUCUA